AUGGGGGAUGUAAGGCUGGGGGAGGGGAGAGUGUACACGUUGGCAUACGCAGAUGACGUAGCGAUAUUGGCGGAAGAUGAGGAGGGGAUGAAGGGAAUGAUGGCAAGGCUGGAAAAGUAUUUUGAAGGGAAGGGGUUGGAAGUUAACAGAGAAAAGACGAAGGUAAUGAGGUGUAGGAAGAAUGGAGGGAGAUGUAAGGAGAUGGACUGGAGAUGGAAAGGGAAGAGAGUGGAGGAGGUGAAGGAAUAUAAAUAUUUAGGUUAUGUGGUGAGGAGGAGUGGAGGGCAGGAUGCACAGUUGAGGGAUAGGAUGAAGAAGGCAGCAAAGGUGAUGGGACAGGUUUGA